AUGGCGGUCGCCCCCGCUGAUUUUUUGCCUACAGAAACACCGUCCAGAGUAGCUGGCGCCCAGCCGUCGCAGCUUCUCAAGCUCGACGUGCUGCGGAAAGGCGCUCAAUUGUUCAGCCGUGGUGGCUUGGCGUGCAGACGCGACGAAAUCGAAGACAGGACCGAGCAAGUCUACGGCAAAGGGUUUUUGCGCCUUUUGGCACAGCGUAUGCGGCAGCCCACCUUAGCGUUCAGAGUUCUCUCUGCGAAGGAACUACACUCGCAAGACGUCGCAGAGUAUUGCAAGAAUGUUUGCUGUGCUUUACGGUUCUCCCUCAAGGGCACGCCCGGCACUACAGACUACAGUGCCCGCGUCUUUCCGGCCGACACACAGAAAGAACGUGUCCGCGAUGGAAGAUCAUACUGCGCGGACGACCAGCCGCAGGAAAACUGCCCGAGUCCUGUCGAAGACCUCAACUCGAGCCAACUGCAGUCGCACAUCAGCUCCGCUGUUCUAGCUCUCGCACCACGCUACGCUUUCGAGUCCGCAUUUGCGACGCAGAGACGGCGCCCUGAGGAGCCGGCCUUGUGGUCUGAUGAACGAGCUGCUACCGAAAAACACCGCCUCCGCUUGCUCUACCAGCCUUGUUCGCACUAUAUUCUGUUGCGGCUGGAGAUGACAAUCGCCUGCUUGCUUUCACGCGCUCGUGCCAUAUUGCAAGCGCACGCAGCCCCGGUACAGCCGCUGACUCCUUUCGCCCCGGCUUUCCACGCUUCAGGCAACGCGGAACAAGGUCGUGUGACCCCCGUGCUCGACGCGCCGCUCCAUCGACUGCCUCUAUGCGGAUAUAGUGUGCUACGACUCCCUCAUGCAAAAACACCGAAUCUUCUGUUGUGCGCCCGGUACCUGAUGCUACGCCGCGCGAAUCGCAUCACGGCGUGCACGACAAGCCGUGCAAGCCCCCAGUGCGGCCAGCGGAAGCCGAGUCCUGGCGGCCGCCACGACACAUCAGAAUUAGCGGAUGCUCACUCAGUCCGACACGGCACGCUGCCUCACACGCAGACUACCACGCGGCGAAAGACCUCGCACCCUCCAGGUCUCGACGCUGUCAAAGUAGCGCCUGCUGCUGACAAGGAAGCUGACAAACAAAAGCUAGGCCAAAUCAACGAGAAAGCCUCUCGGAGAGUUUUACGUCGGCUCUUUGUAUUCUUACGGAGGUAUCCUGGGCCUCGAAGGGCCGUGGGUGUGCUGAAUGACAAUGGGGUGGAGCACCUGCCGCGCAGCACGGCCGGAAACACAUUCACGAACAUUACAUCCGAUACGCCGCGCCAAGAUCCUGUACGCUCUACAAUCGGUGCACUACAAGGACCCUGGAUAUCCCCCCGCGGUUUCGUGCUCAGCCGCACGGUGUUCCUCCAUGCCCUGUGCAGUGUGACCACCGCGUCCUACGGCGAAUCUCGCCUUGGUGGACCGCAUGGGUGA